ACGCCGGCCACUGGUUUGCAGAAACAAGUGACUGGAACAAAACGUAGGGCAGAAUGUUCAGAGGAUGCUUUUGAGUGUCUGAAGUCAGGCCAAGGUGACGUUCAACAAGGCUUAACACAAGUGGAAGUUGAGAGACAGGGUUCUGCUUCACCUCAAAUUAGUUGCGGUACUAAAGGAAUUAAGACAGCAUCCACCAGGACAUUGAGUAAUUAUUUUAAUUUUCAGUGGACAAAAGUCUUGUACCAGAAUAAUUUAAAGCAUAUUGCAUUCUUUCCUACAUUUUUCAAGGGCUACAGAUGUAAUAAAUCAUCUGAAGUAGCACCAAAAAAAUUCCUUUUGGGAGCCUGAGAAAAUGAAUGUCAAAUUUGACAAAAAUUACAACUUACACAUGAAAUUUUCAGAAUUUUACCUGUGUAAUCACAAUUUUUGUGAAAUUUGACAUUUAUUUUCUCAUGACUUCCAUUUGGUGUUACACUAAUCUCGUACCCAGAUCUCACUCUGUUUUUUUUCCCUUGGCUGUGGGAGAUCUGGGUACGAGAUUAGUGUUACACAUGAUUUAUUAUGUCUUUAGCCCUUGAAAAAUGCGAAAAAAAAGAAAACAAUAUGCUUUAAAUUAUUCUGGUACAAGAUUUUUGUUCACUGAAAAUUAAAACUACUCAAUUCCCUGAUGGAUUCUAACAUUUUUGAGCAUUUUGAAGAUGGCGGAACACUCGUAUCCAAGCUACUCGCAUUUAUAAUCCAGGUAGCUUUUUUCUGUCGUGAAACAUCAUCAAACUUCUCCACUAAGGGAUCAGCAAUUUUAAGCAUCGUUCAAACUUCCCGACCCUGGGGCCAACAACUUUUAGCAUUGUUCAAACUUCUCGAUCCUUGCUAAAAUUCCCCAAAUGGGGCGGGCACGGACGAUCAAAGUCUCCACCUCAUUGGUCCCCCCAUCCGGCAUGACAUUGAUCAGUGCAUAAUUAGCAAUUAUUGAAUGAGGCUGAGUAGGAUACAAAGAAUUCUGCAGGGAGGGUGUUAUCCACCGAGGCCGACGAAAGCCGAUAUCAGUGACUAUUUUAUUAUUCCUUCAAAAUAAUUCCAAGUUUAAAAACAAGCUAAAACUUACUUACCUCUGUCGAUGUUAAGUUCAUAUCAAUACUGAAUAGUGCAUCGUCAUCAGGAAAUUUAGGAUAUAAAAGUUCUGUCGAGGUCUGUAGAUAUACUCCAAGUAGCAGAUGUCGUCCUUCGAGUUGUCUUCUUGCUGAUUUUAGACAAUAUUUCGCCGUGAAACGAGUGAAAUGUUUCGGCUACUGUUCAGCCAUUUUGUUUUUACUCAGUCUCGUCCCCAGGUUUUCGCGGUUAACGGUUCAAUAUGACAUUUUGGGCCAACUGUCACUGUCAACAACAACAGUCCUAUUCAGGACUACGUUCACCCGGACGAUCAAACUCAAACUUUUGUAAAGUUAGUGUGUCAGUCAGUUAAUUACUACAGUUACUGGUUCUAUUUGUUUGUUUUACAGAGAUUGCCAACUGUGAAGCAGACAUCACAUUUUUUGCCAAUCGUCAUGAUCCAGACACAAGGCAAUGGCUGUUUGACGACUUUGACAAGUGGUUCGAUGAUCCUAAAGACUCCAAAGCAUACGUUCUUCUAGGUGAUGCUGGUGUCGGCAAAAGUGUGAUGUCAGGAGCCUUAGCGCAGCGGACGAAGUUGGCUGAACAUCUAGGAGCUGCUUACUUUUGCCGUCAUAAUGACAGUACUAGAAAUGAUCCUAGGAAUCUUCUUGCGACAAUAGCAUCUCAACUCUGUGAUUCUAACAGUCAGUACAAUAAUAUAAUAGGAGGCAAAGAUGGUGUAAAAUUAAUGUUAGCCAAUCCUAAUUUUGGGGUUCUGGAACUUUGUACUAAAUUACUAGAAGAGCCAUUAGGUAAGUGCAGCCCAUCUCAGCCACGCAAAUUAGUUAUUAUUGAUGCUCUAGAUGAGACAGAGUAUAAGUCCAGGGAAGAUUUUCUUUUCCUUAUAAAAGAGCGCUUCCCUCGGCUUCCAGAAGGUCUUGUUUUUUUCAUCACAAGUCGCCCAGAGGACAUGGUACAGACGCGUUUGAAGAGGUACAAUCCGUGUGUUAGGAUACGCGCAGGAAACGGAGAAGGGAACUGUUUCUGUCAGGAGCAUGAACAAGACAUCCAACGAUUUUUGGUAAAUAAUGUAAAUUUCUCCCAUUUCCGUUUCUCAGCGGAGGACGUUGCAAAGAAAUGCAACGGACUGUUCUUGUAUGCUUUCUACAUUGCGAAAGAACUUAACGAUUCUAUUCGUUUGGGUGAGGCGCAUCACAGAGCCGUUUUUUUCCCGCCUGAUGUUGAGGAAUUUUUUAGGACAAAUUUACAGCGUGUUUACGAUAAAGUAGGGGGAGAUCUUUAUUGCAAGUUACUAGACUGUAUCUUGUGUGCACCAUCCCCUCUUCCCGUAUCGUUUAUUUCGUAUGUUAUUCACAGAGAAAAUUCAAAUAUUGAUGAGCAGGAGAUAAUCGAUGGCGUUUCCCAAUUUUUGGAGCUGAAAGAGACGGCUACUUUUCUUCACUAUCUGAUACCGAGGUGGUUGGCAAACAAGAGAAAAGCUCGAAAGUUAUAUAUUGAUGAUGAAAGGGCUCUUGAUUACUUCAUAGAAAUUUUGUAUGAAAUAUUUUCCUCUGUAGACGUAUCGCGACCAAAGGAUGCUAAGCUGAUCUGCGAUCUCCGCGAAUGUUUGAACAAAGCAAGGAAAACGAAAAGAACCCAUUGA